AUGGAUAGUGCCAACGCUAGGGGAUCCCAGGCCGGGAGACCGAGCAAGUCGAAUGAUCGCGACAAAGGAGCGUCCUCACAAACAGCGAGAACGAGCGACAUUACCGACGCACAAGAGACCACUAACCGUGCAAACGAUCAGGUCACGGCGCUUGAUAUUGCCUGCAGCUUUUUCAAUCGCAGAGAAGCUGCGGAUCGUAGCAAGGUAGACUUGAUACAUGAUGCCAAACAAGCUCUUACAAAGGUCAAAGAGCAACGGAAGAAAGUCGAUAAGGAGCCGGAAAAGAUUCAAGGUGAAACAGUGAAAUUGCAAGAGGCAAGAAGGCGGUCAAUAGUACAAGGAAGAUUAACAGCGGCCCAAGGAGACCUCGAAAAUCGCAAGACUGAGCUCUUAGGAGCACUCAAACCGUUAUGCGAUGAGUGGGAGACGUACAUCACAGAAAAACAGAGGCAGUUGACUCUUCCAGGCCUUGAAGCGAUAAAUAACCCCCUCAGAGAACUCUAUCAAGCCUUGGAACAUAUCUUGUCAAGAGAAAGCGAGAAACAAUAUGACCAGGCAAUGAGCAUCUGGAACAAUGCAUACGUUGCAGCGGACAAACUCAAGACUCUUCUCCUCCCUGAACAAGUGCAUACUCGUUUUAGAGGAAGGAAUGAAGAAGAGACUUGCACAAAUGCGUCUACGAAGGCAUCUGCUUCGGGAUCCAAUAGAAGAGAAUAUGAUAAAGCGCGUCGUGAAUUGAAGAAAAUGUAUGACAAGGUGAAGAGUCUUGAAGCAGAGGCUAUGAAAGGCAAAUAA